UCGACGACGAUUGACGAUGGCGAGCCAGCCGCGACUUACGAAGACCCAAGCACUAAGACAGGCGAGGAGUGCCGCUUUGGUGAAGGAGCUUGGGCGAAAGCAGGAAAUGCAAACACAGCCACAGCCACAGCCACAGCCUGGCAUAGAUCCUAGUAGAAGGCGCAGAUAUACCCCGGCUGAACCGAAAAAGGUCGAAUUUACCAAACCGGGAGUGACAAAGGCGAUGAUGGCACGAGUGAAGCAGGCGGAGAAGUUCAAGCAGGAGUAUGAGCGUAAGCGUGAAGAAACAAUGCCGAUUCAAAGGAUGCCAAGGAGGACACCCGCGCCAAUCGGCGGCGAUCCUAGGUUUGGUAGAGAGAGGGUAUCACGACGAGCUCCGACGUCUCCACCGCCUAUCAGGCCGGUGAGGAGGCCUCCUCCGCUGGAGAGGAGAGUCGCACCGGAUAGACGGCCACCGGAAUCACUUCCGACUAUUCCAGAGAGAACCAGAGAAUUAGCGAGAAGCAUGAAUGCCCAGGUGAUCCUAGCCGAACCGGUUGGUGAGGGUCCGAUCGACAGCGUCGUGAUACCACCGAAAUCGGUGAACGAAAAUCGCAUGACCAUCGUCACCAUCCCGCAACCAUCUGCCGAGGCACCGAUGUCCGAAGUGGCGAACCGCUCGAUCAGAGUGAUUAGUGAAACUCUUGACGAGCAAGAUGCAGCGGAAGCAGUUACAGUGAAUACUAAGCUAGAGGGAUUGCAACAGGCAAGACGGGACUUUGUCAUGGCAGUGGCAAAUGUUGGUGGUAACGCUGUACAACUCGCGGAAGAAGAGAGGCCUAGAUAUAUACACAGAGUUCCCGACAUUGAAAGCGAAAUGUUCCGCGUCGAAUACGGUCUGGAACAUCCGAGUGUCGUGGCGGCUCGCGAAUUCGCCCAAAGAAGCAUGGCCGGCAUCAGAGAACGUGAGGCAGCUCGCAGGACCGAACAGGAGUUCGAGAGAAUAGCUAGGGAACCGUUGCCGCAGGAUCUGCUCUUCGACAUGCCGUUCGAGGAAGAGUUUUUACGCGAGGGCGAUAUAUCCUGGGAGGAGGAAGAGGACAUGCCGGUCACGUCCAGGAUGAGAACAAUUCUGCAUGAUAUACCGAGGCGCGAGGCGCCUUACAGAUAUCCCACCUUCGAUCCAGAGGAGCUCGAGAGAUUCUUCGACGUGGAAGGAUAUCCACCGAGUCCUCCACGCGGACCUCCACCGGGUCGUGAGCAUCUGCCGCCGGAUCUCUGGGAGCUGGAGGAUCCUUGGGCCCCGUGCGGAGUAGGAAUUUGUCCGGAGCCAGAUGUAUCCGAUCUCAUUCGUCUCGAGAGUCCUUGAUCCUUUGACUCAUACGCGGAGAGAAUUUUCUCUUAGAUUUUACU